AUGUCCUCUGAGCAGACCUUCAUUGCUAUCAAGCCCGACGGUGUCCAGCGUGGUCUCGUUGGUGAGAUCAUUGGCCGCUUCGAGAAGAAGGGUUACAAGCUCGCCGCUCUCAAGCUCGUCCGUCCUUCCCAGGAGCACCUUGAGAAGCACUACGAGGACUUGAAGACCAAGCCCUUCUUCCCCGGAUUGAUCAAGUACAUGACUUCCGGCCCCGUUGCUGCCAUGGUCUGGGAGGGUAAGGAUGCUGUCAAGACUGGUCGCACCCUCCUCGGUGCCACCAACCCCUUGGCCUCUGCUCCCGGAACCAUCCGUGGUGACUUUGCUAUCGAUAUGGGCCGCAACGUCUGCCACGGUUCCGACACUGUCGAGAACGCCCAGAAGGAGAUUGACUUGUGGUUCAAGAAGGAAGAGGUUCUCCAGUACGAGAAGUCCAUCUCUGGCUGGAUUUACGAGUAA